GGCGGCAAGCAGCCAGAGUGCAGCCUCCAACUUUGUCAGACGGACACACGCAGAAUGGAGACAAACUGACGCACCGUUACUCUCCGGACCGUUAACUUUUCUCCUCCCGUUUCAGUCCACAUACUACAAAAAGAGCGGGGAAAUCACUUAACAUUAGUUGUGGAUUUUUUUUUUUUGCCCCGGCGACUGAUUUCCUUUCCUGCUGUUUUCCCCUAUUUUGGACACUUUUACUGCGUAAUUACGCACGAUGCGCAAAAGGAUGGCUUCUCGUCGAAGACAGAAAACAGGAGUCCAAGCUGUUUUAUAUGUCUGCCUUUCUAUUUCAGUGGUUCUUUCCUACAAUAUAGACUUAGAACAUCCCGUGGUAUUCCGUGGACCUAAUUCGAGUUUUUUUGGCUACUCUGUGCUGGAGCAUUACCACGACAACACACGCUGGGUCAUAGUCGGGGCCCCCAGGGCCAACUCGACCUACAGUAUGUCGGUGCACUCUCCUGGUGCUGUGUUCAAGUGUCGGCUGCACAGCAACCCUGAGCGUCGCUGCACAGAGAUGGACUUGGGAAGAGGAAACAGGCCCCGAGAGUCUUGUGGGAAGACGUGCCAAGGGGAUAGAGACGACGAGUGGAUGGGAGUAAGCCUGGCCCGCCAGAACAGAGCCGACGGCAGAAUACUGGCGUGUGCCCAUCGCUGGAAAAACGUCUACUACGACUUGGAGCAUAUCAUGCCGCAUGGGUACUGCUCCAUCAUUCAGCCGAAUCUCCAGGGCAGGACGCGGCCCCUCAUUCCUUGUUAUGAAGAUUAUAAGCAGAAGUAUGGGGAAGAGCACGGCUCCUGCCAAGCUGGGAUAGCAGGAGUUUUUAUGGAGGAGCUGGUGGUGAUGGGAGCUCCGGGGUCCUACUACUGGACCGGGACUAUUAAGGUUUACAACCUGACCUCUGACACCUUCUACAGUCCAAACAAAGAUGAGGUCAACUCCCACAGAUACAGCUACCUUGGCUAUGCUGUGACCGCGGGACAUUUCUCCUCUCCCAAUGCAAUCGACAUAGCCGCAGGGGCCCCUCAGCACAAUGGCAGCGGGAAGGUUUACAUCUUCAAGAUUGACGGUGUGUCGUUGGUGAAGAGUUUUCAAGCCUCAGGGAAAAUGAUGGGCUCUUACUUUGGCUCCUCAUUGUGUGCAGUUGAUUUGAACCAGGACGGCCUGUCAGACCUGCUGGUGGGGGCACCCAUGCACAGCCAGCUACGGGAUGAGGGCCGGGUGUCUGUGUACCUCAGCAAGGGCAACGGAGUGAUGGAGGAGCAGGCCGUAUUAACGGGGGACAACUCUUACAACGCUCACUUUGGAGAGUCCAUUUCCUCGAUUGGAGACAUCGACGAUGACGGCUACCAAGAUGUUGCCAUAGGAGCGCCCAAGGAAGAUGACUACGGAGGAGCUGUUUAUAUCUACCAUGGGGAUGCCGCAGGAAUCAUCAGAAAAUACUCAAUGAAAAUAACUGGGCGCAGUGUCAGUCCUGGUCUCCAGAUGUUCGGCCAGUCCAUAUCUGGCAGUGUGGACAUGGACGGCAACGGAUACACAGAUGUCACAAUUGGAGCUUUUAUGGCAGACAGUGUGGUGCUUCUGAGGUCCCGGCCUGUCAUUACGGUGGACGUCUCCAUCUUCUUGCCUGCGUCCAUCAACAUCUCUGUGCCUCAGUGUCAUGAGGCUCUCCAGAACAUAAACUGCUUCAAUGUCACGGUCUGCAUGCGCUUCCGUGGGCGACAACUUCCAGGACAAAUAGAGUUGCUGUACAACCUGACGGCUGAUGUGGAUAAGAGACAAAAGAGCCUGCCGUCCCGCGUCUACUUUAUUCAGAGCGGCUCUCAGAUCAGCCAGAAGAGCCAACAGCUCAGCCUGGACAUCAACAAGGAGGAGUGCCAACGUUACACAGCCUACGUCAAAAAAGACGCAAAGGACGUGUUCACGGCCAUCGCGUUUGAGGUGGCAUACAGCUUGGGGAAGCAUGUACUGACCGGACACCAGGAGCGAGACAUGCCCGCCCUUACCCCGGUGCUACGAUGGAGGAAAGGACAGAAGAUUGCAGUGAGAAAUGAGACUUGGUUUGAGAAGAACUGCCUGUCGGAUGACUGUGCUGCUGACCUGAGGCUCCAUGGGAAGCUGCUACUCUCUGGGGCCCAUAGCAAGCCCCAUUUGGCCCUCGGAGGAGUAAGGAACGUCUCGUUGAACCUGACCAUCGCUAACGCCGGUGACGACGCUUACGACACCAACAUCUAUCUCAACUUCUCCCGAGAGGUUUUCUAUAUCAACUUCUGGCAGAAGGAAGAGAAGGGUAUUUCCUGUGAACUCGUCGACUUGGAUUUCCUCAAGUGCAGCGUGGGAUUUCCCUUCAUGAGAGCGCAGACCAAGUAUCAUUUUGCAGUCCUUUUUGACACAACUCAACUCUCUGGGGAAAAUGACACACUGCAGUUUUUGGUGCAAGCCAAGAGCGCCAACCCUGAGCACAAACUCUCUGACAACACUUUAGACAUCUCCAUCCCUCUUGUUCAUGAGACAGACACAACUAUUACUGGCAUGGUGACACCUAGCUCCUUUGUGUAUGGAAACUCCAUUGACUCGUCGCGCUUCAUGCAGAUAGAAGACAUGGAGUGCGACUUUCAGCCUCUCAAUCUCACUUUCCAGGUGAUAAACAACGGGCCCAGCCGGCUGCCAGGCUCCACUGUGGACAUCAGGAUCCCCAACCGACUUGCUGGCAACGGAGCGGACAUGUUCCACGUGGUUGAGACGCAGGUGGCAGACGGCCGAGGAAACUGCACCCCACACAGGAACCCGACACCCUGCUUCAUCCCGCAGGACCGAGAGAGCAUCUUCCACUCCAUAUUCGCCUUCUUUACCAAAACAGGCCGUAAAGUCUUGGACUGUGACAGGCCGGGGAGAGCGUGCAUGACCAUCUCCUGCAGCUUAGGUCCGCAGCUCAAAGAAGAAGCUUUGAGUAUAGACACCAAACUUCUGCUCAAUACGGAAAUACUGAAAAGGGACUCUUCUUCUGUGAUCCAGUUAGUGGCACGGGGCCACAUACAAGUGAAUGACAGGACUGUGGAGGUGCCAAAAGGCCUGCCAGAAGACAUCUCUCUGAUCUUUGAGGCCCUCCACAGUCAGGAGCCCCGAGGUUACGUGGUGGGUUGGAUCAUCGGCAUCAGUCUGCUGGUGGGGAUCCUCAUCUUCUUGCUACUUGCUGUGCUGCUGUGGAAGAUGGGUUUCUUCCGUCGGCGAUACCGCGAGAUCAUCGAGGCCGAGCGGAACAGGAAGGACAGCGAUGAAAGCUGGGACUGGAUGGAGAAGAACCACUGAGACUGCUGGUGGUUCUGGUGGCCAAGUGGUGUUUGGAGAUUGGGUCACAAGUGGAUCCAAAAAACUCAGAGCUCCUUUGCGGCCUCGGUGGCUCCAGGCCUGUCAAACCUUCCAUAUGUGGAAGAAGAAGAAGAAUAUUCUCCUAAUUUUCUGGAGACUUUUUUUGUGGGAUGGGGAAGGAAGCGUGGUGUGGGGGGUGGAUGCAUGGACUUGUGAGGUGGUCUGCCGGAGGAUGUAAAAAUCCACUGACCUCCAGGUGGCAGCGUGGAGCUCUCGGCUGAAGAAUGGAGAUAAAAACCUCAGGGCUGUUUUUUGUUAUACACUUUAAGCCAUAUUGUGCAAAGUGGGCUAUGGAGGUUGUAAACAUACUUUGUGUAUGUUUUCCUAAAGCACUGAUGUCUGAUACGCCUCAUAGAUCUAGCCUACCUAGAUCACCUUGGACUCUUGGAUGUUCACUUCCUCCUUUGAAAUACACUUUUGUCAUUAUUUCUUUAUUGGCCAAUGUCCAGUUGCUGGGUGCCAUGGAAGAGCACGUUUUGUGCACCACUGUUGUGUGCAAAAAACGACACGCAGCUGACUAACCCAAAAUCUUGUGGCCACAACAUUAGGUACACCUGCGCAUUCUAAUGAGAGCUUUUAACGUUUCAGGGUCGGACAUGUUGACCCCUGUAUGAUAAAGAUGAUCAAGUAAAAAAUGACUCACCCUUUGACGAUUAAGUAGCGAAACGGAAAAGUGCAAACUAAUGCUUUAUAAGGAAUUAAUACAAACCUCAAAACCAGUGAAGUUGGCACGUUGUGUGAAUCGUAAAUAAAAACAGAAUACAAUGAUUUGCAAAUCCUUUUCAACCUACAUUCAAUUGAAUAGACUGCAAAGACAAGAUACUUAACGUUCAAACUAGAAAACGUUAUUUUUUGCAAAAAUAAGCGCAUUUGGAAUUUGAUGCCUGCAACAUGUUUCAAAAAAGCUGGCAUAAGUGGCAAAAAAGACUGAGAACAUUGAGGAAUGCUCAUCAAACACUUAUUUGGAACAUCCCACAGGUGAACAGGCUAAUUGGGAACAGGUGGGUGCCAUGAUUGGGUAUAAAAGCAGCUUCCAUGAAAUGCUCAGUCAUUCACAAACAAGGAUGGGGCGAGGGUCACCACUUUGUGAACAAUUUGCGCGAGCAAAUUGUCGAACAGUUUAAGAACAACAUUUCUCAACGAGCUAUUGCAAGGAAUUUAGGGAUUUCACCAUUUACGUUCCUUAAUAUCAUCAGUUUAUAAAGGAUAUCACCACAUGGGCUCAGGAACACUUCAGAAAAACACUGUCAGUAACUACAGUUGGUCACUACAUUUGUAAGUGCAAGUUAAAACUGUACUAUGCAAAGCCAAAGCCAUUUAUCAACAACACCCAGAAACGCCGCCGGCUUCCCUGAGCCCAAGCUCAUCUUAGAUGGACUGAUGCAGGAGAGUGUUUUUCGUUGCAUACAAUGUCUUGUUUGAUUUUGAAGAAUUAGUCGUUUUCCCCAAAAACGUGGUUUAACUUCUCUUUGUACUACUUUUAUAUACAGUAGUAUCCCAAUUUACGGGCUUAAUUGGUUCUAUGACGUAGCUUUUGACUCCAAACAUUUGUAUAUUAAAUCAACGUCUUACGUUAAAAUGAAUUGAAAUCAAUUUGAUUGGUACUUGGCCCCCAAAACAGCACAAUUUUAACAUGUAGCAUGCAUUUUAAAAACAACUUUUAGAAAAAACAUUGUAUACAAACAAUACAAUAUUAUGUACUACCAACAACUACAGUGUAUUUUAUGAUGUAACGCAGGAACAAUAUAGAACUUUGUAAAAGUGAGAUCUCCUUCCAGUUGCUUCUCCAUCAAACACCCCAUCAGCAGCUUUUCCAUAUUCUCAUGGGUAAAUGUUUGCCGCCUGGAUAUUAUUUCAACAUUCUUGGCUUGGCUGCUUCACUACGGCAGCGAUGCGCUCAGAUUCUUUCACCAAGUUGCUGACACACUCUGUCAUGAAUGUUGAUGAUUUAUUUCUUUAAUUCAAUCCAUAUCCAAUUUUUCUCACUCACUUUCUUCCUUCCCAUGGUUGGAAAAAAAAAGUUACGUCCAUCUCCAGCUGUAAGCUAAUGCUAACUCAAAUGUGUGUAACUUAAAGCAUUACAGUUACUUAAAACACUCUUAAAUUGAGGUACCACUACUAAGCAAUGUUGUAUGAAUAUAACAACAAUUCUGACCUUUGAUUUAGGAGGAGGGGGGGAAAAAAGGUGCACUUUUUGAUUGACACUGACAUGCACCAUACUGAGACUGGGAGGGUUUUUAUAUUUGGAUGGUGGUAUUUACAUAUUGGGGCCUCUCAGUGUGACACACGUGUUAGGUUGUGCACGUGUCCCUAAUGUUGUGUCCUGACCCGUAUAGAUUCUCCAUGAAAUAGUUCACUGAGGGUGAACAGCUGAGCGUAUUCACUUUUACUAUAAAGUUAUUUGACGUUUAAUCUGAAACCUGAGCUCAACCAGAUGCGCGCGUGUGUGUGUGUGUGUGAGAGAGAGGGAGAGAGGGAGAGAGGGAGAGAGAGAGAGAGAGAGAGAGAGAGAGAGACUGGAUUCCCUCACAGUGGGGGGGCCUGUAGUGUGAGUAAUGCUCUAAAAAUAGGCAUACACAUAAACAACCUUUUUGGGGCCCCCUUUUUUUAAAAACAUAUGACCAAGCUGAAGAUGAUCUGCCUCCAUUAAAAGUGUUUAACAUCCUCCAAAGUGUUGUGUGUUAAGGAAUGUUAACGACAUGUGGAAUACAGUAGAAAUAAAUGUAAAUACGGUGUCCCUCAAAAUGCAUACGGAGAAUUCUGUCCACUUGAAAAUCUUCGAUGCAAAAUGACAUACAUGUUUUACAUUUUGCCUUCCGUCGCGACUCUUCAAAAAGAUCAAAUAUGUUUGCAUAACAUAAUUUAGGGAACUCAAAAUGUGCAAUGCCAAAGAUCAAUUUUUUUGUUUAACAUGCUGUUGUGUUGCUCAUGAAUUCACAUCCUUCAAAGUUUGUCAUGCAAUGCAGACCCAAUGAGAGAGACUUGAUGUUGUCUGGUGGAGUCCAUUUGAACUGUGAUGGAUGUACAUCUGUUGGUUUGCUGUCACGCUCUUUUGAUGUUGUUGUUGUUUUUUUUGUUCUGAAUAUACUACUGUCACUGAAUAUCAUUUACAUUAUAGAGUGUUUGGAUUUUUCUAAGAGAUGGAGUAAAGUUGUAUAUUUAUCUGAUGAUAAAUUUUA